AUGGAAAAAAGUGAGUUUCGAAUGGUGAUUAAAUACUUAUAUUUAAAAGGCUUAACACCGAAAGAAAUUAAAGCUGAGUUAGAUGAAGUUCAUGGCACAUCUGCUCCUGUGUUUGCAACUGUUUACAAUUGGGUAAAUGAGUUUAAACGUGGCCGUACAUCCACAAAAGAUGAACAUCGUUCGGGACGUCCAGUGGAAGUGACUACCCCCGAAAUGAUUGACAAAAUCCACGAUAUGGUUUUGAAUGAUCGACGAAUCAAAGUGCGCGAAAUAGUUGAGGCCACAGGCAUAUCACAAGGUACAGUGUUUUCAAUUUUGCACGAAAAAUUGGGUGUGAAAAAAAUCUCGGUAAGAUGGAUGCCGCAUUUGCUCUCAGUGAAGAAUAAACGCAAUCGUGUGGUCGACUCUGAGGCUAUUUUAGCGCUUUUCCGUCGCAAUCCUGACGAAUUUCUGCGUCGAUACAUAACUGUGGAAGAAAAAUGGAUACACCACUACACUCCAGAGGCAAAGGAACAGUCAAAACAGUGGGUUUUUGAAGACGAAUGGACUCCGAAGAAGGCGAAGACGAUGAAAUCGGCCGGAAAGUGA